CUCUUUUGAGAGCGUUGAACAACUCGAUGAUGAGCUUUGCGAGAGCUUCGGCAACGUCAACAAUCAACUUGUUUGUCUCUCUUUAAUAUUUCAGUUGCUUUUUUACCCUCAGCUAAGCCGGUUGCAUUUUAGUUAAACGAGAAACUGCCUGUACUAUGUCGGCCAAACCCAUCCUCUAUUACGCUCCCCGUAGUCCCCCCUGUCGUGCUGUUCUGCUGACGGCCGCCGCCCUCGGUUUGGAGUUGGACUUGCGACUCGUCAACGUAAAGGCCGGAGAGCACAAGUCCGCCGAGUUCCUCAAGUUGAAUGCGCAGCACACGAUCCCCGUGCUCGAUGAUAACGGCACCAUCGUGAGCGAUUCGCACAUUAUCUGCAGCUAUCUGGCAGAUAAGUACGCACCGGAGGGCGAUGACUCCCUGUACCCAAAGGAUGCGGAGAAGCGCCGCCUGGUGGAUGCCCGUUUGUACUACGAUUGCGGUCAUCUAUUCCCGCGAAUCCGUUUCAUCGUCGAGCCGGUGAUCUACUUCGGAGCUGGCGAGGUGCCCAGCGAUCGAGUGGCCUACCUUCAGAAGGCCUACGAUGGCUUGGAGUACUGCCUGGCUGAAGGAGAUUACUUGGUGGGCGACAAGCUGACCAUCGCCGAUCUCAGCUGCAUCGCAUCGGUGUCCACGGCCGAGGCUUUUGCGCCCAUCGAGUCGGAUCAGUUCCCGCGCCUGGUGCAGUGGGUCAAGCGCAUACAGGCCCUUCCAUACUACCAGAAAAACAACCAGGAAGGUCUGGAUAUGUUGGUGGGACUGGUCAAGGGACUUUUGGCCGAGCGACAGCAGAAGUAAUCGAAAUGGCUUCAAGGAAGAUAUAUAUUUUAAUAUAAUCGGUUUUUAUUC